GCCAACACUCGGCUGUGCAGGGUCUGUAUCUGACCCCGACCCCUUUCCGCAUUUAGCAGCUUUCCGUCAUUGUGACUUCAAUGGAUGCCUCAGAAUAUGUGAUGGAGGUGACGCUUGUGUUCUCCAAGGUGGUGACAAAAAGAGUGCAACAGCCAGCAAUUUUCGCCAGAUUUUGAGCCCCCAGAGAGAUGGAAGAUUGUGCCAGUGUGUGUGUGUGAUCUGGGCGUGACCAGCAGCCAGAUCGCCUGACAGGUGGCUUCUCCAUCAGCGCCGCCAUGCGCGCCUACGCGCAGAGCCGCCGUUCGCAGUUCAUUGUGGUGAGUUGUUACACACGUUUUGACAACCUCGCCCAUGGCCCCCGCGGCCGAGAGGCUAAGAAGAGUCUCUACACUUUUUGGAUGGACACCAGCGAUGGGUCCAUGGUGCUACUUUCUGUGGUGAAGGAAGAUUGCAUGAAUCCAGCUUUCUCCCGCUGGUAUUCAAGGCGCAAUGUGAUGUACACAUGCACGGAAUCGGUGGCUGAGAAUGGUUUGAUCGACACCUGGAGUGUGGAUUCAAAAACCGGGCAGCUUACGCGGAUUGGAAGUUUUGACGCGGGUGGAACUUCAACUUGCUACAUUACCUUGGACAAGGCUGCUCAGAAUAUGUUGGUGGUGAAUUACUGGAAUGCCACCAUUGGAGUCUUCGGCCUUGAUCCUGAAAGCGGCGCUGUCACAUGUCGUCGAAGUUUGUUUGACCCCAAUGAGGGCAGACCCAUGAAGGCCAGACAUGACCGGCACGUCAACCAUUCCGAGAACGACCCUUUGGCGCAGAAAGAGCGCCAGUCCGAUCCGCACUCCCACGCUGUGAUCUUGGAUCCAUUUUUUGGUCGAAUUGCCUAUGUACCUGACUUAGGCAUGGAUUUGAUUCGACAAUUUCACUAUGACAACGAGGAGGGCACUCUGUCAGCUCGCGGCACCAUGUCUUCUGGCCCUCCAGGUGCGUAA